AUGUGUUCUGGAACCCUACGUAAUCCAAAGUUGCUUCCAUGUUACCACACUUUCUGUUCCAAGUGCCUUCAGGAGUACAUUAAGAGAAAAUCCACCACGGAUGAACCAUGGUCAUUUCCUUGUCCUUUGUGUUUGGUGCCUACUGACAUUCCUCAAGAUGGCGUCUCCGGCUUGAAAGACAAUCUGUAUGUACUAGUGUACGACGCCAUGCACGCCUCUAAGAAUCCGUGUCAGCAGUGUGACACUGGGGCCGGGGCGGUGGUCAGGUGUGUCGACUGUGACGAAAACAUGUGUUUAUCGUGUAAAAAUGUCCACCAGAAAAUGAAGGCUACCAAAUUACACAAGCUUGUCCUCCUGGCAGAGCACGAGAAGGUCCUCAGUGAAUCUCUCUUGCGACAAUGCACGUGUCCAGAACAUGCGAAUGAGGAAAUGUGUUUUGUCUGUAAGCCAUGCAAUGCACUUUUAUGCAUGCAGUGUAAAGAGAGUCAUCUGGACCAUAAGUUAGAGGAUGUGACAAUGACCGCCAAGGUAAGGAAAGAGGAAUUGUCAAGACUGGCAGACGGUGUACGGUCAUACUUACCCUACAUAAAAAAUAAUAUGAAAAAGGCUGACAAAGAAUCAGAAAAACUAAGAAAAGAUACGGACAAGACAAAACAACACAUCAUGGACACAGCCGAAACCCUAAAAAAAGAAAUCGAUGCAUCGUGUGCAAGAAAGAUAGAAGGUGUUGAUGAAAUUCUAAACCAAUAUCUGUCAUCUAUCGAAAGAUUCCGCGCAGAAAUGGAGCGAGUUUACCUUUCAAUAAAAACUCUCGCGGUGAUGUCGGAUCAGAUAUUUGAUCUGGCACCUGACAGUCUGUUACUGCAAGCAAAUCAUGACAUCAGCGCGCGUUUGGAGUCCGUUCCCACGGAGAUACCCGCAUGUUCUUUAGAAAGCGCCCAGACAAGUUUUGAGCCGAAUUCCAUUCCACAUGCAGAAUUACUGGGCGAGACACAUUUGACAGUCUUGCCAAUCCUCAAGUUUACUCCAGGUGACAAGAAAGUUCCGACAUUUUAUUGCCCAGGUCGGCCCUACUCGAUAUGUCCGGUGUCUGAUGAUGAAGCUUGGGUUAUCCACGACACCUCAGAGACUAUACAGCUCUAUUCCAAGCAUGGUGCAAUCCGACAGUUCCUCAAACUUCCAGGGGAAGCAAACGAUAUAUGUUGUUAUCCAAAUGGCAAUCUCUAUGUUACAGAACUUAGAGGGUGUGCUAUCUGGAAAAUUGGCAUUGACAACGCUGUGACAACCUUUACUACCAUCGAUGACACUGUCCGUGGCAUUUGUUACUUUUGUGAGAAGUUCUAUGUCACAUGCAAGGAUUCCAGUAGACACCGGGUGUCCAUUUUGACAAAUGAUACGGGAGAUGUGGAAAACGAGAUCAUACAAGACAAUGGCAGACCGAUUUUUUGUCAUCCAGACCGUCUUGCAGUCACAAGUACUGGUACAGUUUGUGUGACCGACAGGGGCAAAGAUAGCGCUGUCAUUUUCGUCACGCCAAAUGGUCAUGUGAAAUCCUCUUACAAGGGAGAGGGAAGCGGCGAAGAUGAGGGACGUAGGGAGCGAUUUGAACCCUGGGGACUAUGUGUUGAUCAACACGACAAUAUCUUCAUAUCUGAUCGUUUCAAUGACAAAAUACAUGUUCUCAACGAAAGUGGUGUCUUUCAAAAGUAUUUGCUUAAUGAAGAUGAUGGGAUAAGGCGUCCCCUGGGGGUUGCCGUGGACAAUGCUGGGCACAUUUGGGUCGGCAAUGAGGACGGAAGUAUCCGUGUAUUUGAGUACCAAGAGUUGUUGUAA